CCGUGUCCGUCUCCACUGAAGCGGUAGCGGGGAGCGCAGAGGAGACACCGUUGCGAUGUUGGCUGUCCGGUGCGGCGGCGGCUGCGGCGGCGCCGGCGCCUACCCGACGGCUCAGAGGACAACGGCUGCUCGGAGCGGAGCCUUCAGCGGCCGCAGCGCCCUUCUUGCUGCGGGAACUGGGGCCAGGGAGCUGAGCCUUAGGGUUUCCCUCUCGCCCAACUCCCAACCCCACCGCGUCGGCGCUUCAUGCCCGUGGCCAGUGCGUUGCCCCCCCCUGUCCUUCUCCUGACAUGGAGGUGCCGCGCGUCAGUAAGAAGAAGACCAGGAGCGAGGAAUGGGAGGUGUUGAAGACGGAGUUCGGACGCAUGUUCCGCCCGCAGCUUCGCAACUUAGGGGAACUCUUUUCGCUCCGCCGUGUCUACGACAUUGAGGAUUAUCAGCUGGGCACCCUCUUUGGUGCAUUUCUUGGAUGUGUUGGCUGUUACCAACUGUGGAAGACGGCGCCUUCCAUAUUUGUUGAUGCAGUGCUCGCAUUCAUCUUCUACAAGCUCAGUGUUUUGUCCUCAGAGUUACACAGAAGCCACAAGUCCAACAGCCUGAUUACGCGGCUGAAAUUCGGCAUCAUACUUAUCAUGGUUUGGAAGGACAUCAAGAAAAACUAUGUCCUCCUGGAUGUUAUUAGGAUGCCGGUUCUCCUCCUCUACAUUUGUGCAUUCCUGUUCGAUGUUGCUGGCGUGAAGAAAUAUGGAAGGGAAGGCUUGGUCUAUUUUGUCAAUCUGUUGAAAACCAGAGGUGGGCUUCAAGAGAUAUACAGGAUUAUGUGGUUGCCUGGCUAUGUCUCUCCCUAUGACGAUUCUGCGAACUAGUUAUGAGGCUCAGGUUCUUGAUGUGCAUGCAUGAGAAACAGACUGCAUCACCUUGGGUAUUUUCUGGAUGGGCAUGUAUCGGAUCAAACUCCUAGAGAUUUGCAAGGAAUUUUGUUUAGUUUAAGGGAUUUGGUGUAGUAGCGCCUCAUCCAAACAAGCCCUUUGUUCGGGUGUAGAAUAUGGGAGCCCCAGUCUGUAAUAUAUGUGCGUAUUAGUUCUCAUUUGUAUAAGCCACCAUAUGUCUAGUAGUAUCUAACUUAUCUUAGAUAUAAA